AUGGAAUCAUGUACUUACCUUUUUUUAAAAAACAAUAACAAUCAUGUCUAUAUAUUUUUAGCUGUGUUUUUUUGCGAAAAUAAUAGUAAUAAUAAAAUGAACGUGAUUCUUCUCAAAAUCCUACUAUAUACCUUCAUUGAUAUUACUAGUGGAAUAAAAACUAUAGAUUUGACAGAAUCAAUGUGGAUUUUAUCAAACAAAUCUAUAAGUAUAUCAGUCAAUGUUCCAACGUCUGUUCAUAUGGCUCUUUUCAAAAACGGUUUAAUAAAUGAUCCUUUAGUUGGCUAUAGAGAUAGGGAAUAUUCAUGGAUUGCUGAUCAAAAUUGGAUUUUCGAAAAAGAAUUUUCAGUUUCAUCUUCAUUAUUGGAUUCACAAAGUGCCAUCAUUACAUUUUAUGGGUUGGAUACUGUUUGCGAUAUUUUCUUAAACAACGAAUUUAUUGGAAGAACUGAAAAUAUGUUUCUUGCUUAUGCAUUUUCUAUAAAAAAACAAAUAAAACUUCAAAAUUCAUUAAAGCUUGUGUUUUUUUCACCCACAUUAUACAGUUCUAAUAAAAGUGAAUAUUAUUUUCACAAUUAUGGUUAUCAAAUUCCACCUGUGUUAGCUCCUAAAGCACAGCAUGGUCGAAGUCAUCAAAAUUUUAUUCGCAAAGAGCAAUGUUCCUUUAGUUGGGAUUGGGGGCCUUCUUUUCCAACUAUUGGAAUUUGGAAAAGCAUUAUAAUUUCAUUUGAAGACAUUUUCAUUGAUGAAUUUUUGGUGCAUCUUACACAUAAUGAUGAUAAAAACACCUGGCAAGUUGUUUUAGAAGUAAUCAUUAGAAGUAGUAUAAAAGAAGCAUUAGCUGUUUAUGGUUUUGGCAAAUUUCAAAAAAAGCAGGUUUUGGAAUUACAUCAUGAUCAGUCCAAAAUUACUUUGGAACCUAUUGAAGUUCAAGAUACGGAAGUAGAGUUGUGGUGGCCAAUUGGAUAUGGAAAACAAGUGCUUUAUACUGCUCAAGUAGACAUAAUACAUCCUGUUAUAUCAUUGGUUACUCAUAAGGAAGUUAAAUUUGGUUUUCGCAAAGUAGAGUUAAUUCAAGAGCCAAUUGAGGGUUCAGAAGGUUUGAGUUUUUAUUUCAAAAUAAAUAAAGUACCUAUCUUUCUAAAAGGAGCCAAUUGGAUUCCUGCUGAUUCCUUUCAAGAGCGCGUUACUAGGGAGGUUUUGGAAAAUUUGAUUAACUCGUCCCUGGAUGCAAAUAUGAAUGCAUUGCGAGUAUGGGGUGGAGGAAUCUAUGAACAAGACCUUUUUUAUCAGUUAACAGAUGAACGAGGUAUAUUGGUUUGGCAAGAUUUGAUGUUUGCAGUUGCUUUAUAUCCUGUGAAUGAGGAGUUUUUAGAAAUUGUGAGCAAAGAAAUAUAUUUUCAGGUGCGUCGUUUGCAACAUCAUCCAAGUAUAAUUGCAUGGAGUGGGAAUAAUGAAAACGAGGCUGCAAUAUCACAAAAUUGGUGGAAUGAAGUUAAACCCAACAAAAAAAGAUUAACGGAUGAUUAUGUUAAAUUAUAUGUUGACACCAUUUGGCCAAUUGUAAGAAGUGAAGAUCCACUCCGUCCUUAUUUAUUUUCUUCACCUUCAAAUGGAAUACAUUACAAAGAAGAGGGAUAUAUUUCUAAAAAUCCACAAAACCCUUUGUAUGGAGAUGUUCAUUUUUAUGAUUACAAAUCAAAUUGUUGGAAUGUAUCUAUCUUUCCAAAUCCUCGGUUCGCCUCUGAAUAUGGUUACCAAUCUUACCCAUCAUACUUUACUUUGUCAAAAGUUACUACAGAUGAUGAGUUAACAUGGAAUAGCUUACUAAUGAACUACAGACAACAUCACGCAAAAGGUAAUGAAGAGAUUGAAAAUUUAAUAAAGCAAAAUUACAAGCUUCCAAAACAAAAAAACCCACUUUCAUAUUUUCUUCAAAUGGUAUACCUUUCACAAAUUGUACAAGCUACAUGUACCAAGUACGAAAGCGAACACUAUCGGAGGAUGAAUGGUCGUCUUAUAAAUGGGACCGGGCAUACAAUGGGAGCUUUGUACUGGCAACUUAAUGAUAUAUGGCAAGCUCCUAGUUGGUCAUCAUUAGAAUAUGGUGGGAGAUGGAAGAUGCUUCACUAUUUUGUGAAAGAUUUCUUUCGAGAAACAGCUGUCAGUGGAUAUGUUCACAAUGGUUAUUUAAAUGCAUUUGUGGUGACAGAUAAUCCUAACUUGCAAAAAACCUAUACAUUAAAUGUCUCUGUAUUUACAUGGGACAAUUUUCAUCCUAUUUUAAAUGAGAAAGUUGAGAUAGAUGUACUUCAGACACCAUCUAUACCAGUUUAUAAUCGUAGUAUUAAUGAAGUUUGUCCUAAUGAGAAAUGCUUUGUGAAAUUUACUUUACUGCCAACACAGUCUAAUAUCAUUGUUUCAGAAACAAAUGUAUUCUUAACAUCCUUUUUGGCAUUUAAUUUAACUGAUCCAAAAAUAAAGGUUGUAUCAAUAGAUUUGGUAGAGCCAACCAUUUACAAGGUAACAAUAAAUGCAAAACAUCCUGCUGCUUUUGUUUGGCUUGAAACAGAUUUAGAUGGCCGUUUCUCUGACAAUGGUUUUAUAAUGGCUCAGCAAAAAGUUGAAGUUUAUUUUUACGGCUGGUCGUCAAAUAGCGGUUCGUUUAAUUCGCGUUUAUCUAAUAUAGAAUCGUUUAACUCGCGUUUAUCAAUUUUUUCAUUGUACGACCUUUAUACGUUGCAAGACGUUUAAUCAUAAGAAACUAUUGCAUCCCAGUGAAGAGUUUUGAAAUUAUUUUAUAAAUUAAUAUAUUUUUAAAAAUAAUUUAUUUAGAAAAAAAUUUUUUGUCUAUGUAAAGAUAUAUGUACAUAAGUAUUU